UGCUUGGUAGUGCAUUGUCUCUCUUUAAUCUUUCUUUAGUUUACAAUUUGAGCAACUUGGGAAGUUUUUGCAAAUAGUUCAAACUCCAUGGGUCUCUAUAGAAAGUUGGAGACUGAUGUAGAUAUUGAAGCUCCAGCUUGGAAGUUUCAUGAAAUAAUUCAUAAAAACCCUCACCAUAUGUCCAAUAUUGCUUCAGAUAAAAUACAGAGUUGUGAAUUACAUGAAGGCGAAUGGGGCAAAGUUGGCUCUAUUCUUUAUUGGAAUUACGUUCAUGAUGGGAAGGCUUGUGUGGCAAAAGACGUAAUAGAAGCGGUUGAUGAAGAGAACAAUUCAAUCACAUGGAAAAUGAUAGAAGGGGACCUUUUAGAGCUUUACAAGAGUUUUAGAAUUACAAUCCAAUGUACUCCAAAGGACAAAGGAAGUGUAAUUCACUAUACUUUGGAAUAUGAAAAGCCUCAUGAAGAUAUUCAAGAUUCACAUGGUUUGCUUGAGCUUUGUGCUAGUAUGUCCAAAGACAUUGAUGCUCACCUAAUGGGAAAGACCAAUGAAGGCUCAUCUAUAGAGGUUGGAGCUCCUAAGGCAUGAAACAUAAAGUCUCUCUCUUUCUCUCCACCCAUUGGCUAGGGUUGGUGAGAUAAUUAAUUACUAUAUUAUGGAAUAAUACUACUUAUAUUGUUGCAAAUUAUUAUUAAUUUAAAUAAUUAUGUUGUGUUCUAUGCCAUCAUUAGUGGAGGAAUUGUCUUGUGAAAUAUUUUAAUCUAAAUCUCCAUGUAUGUGUGUAUAUAUGGUUCUAAAUAAAAUGGGAAUAAAGUUUGUAAGAAAUGUGUCUUGGUACAA